UAAGUAGCUAACUCCAUUCUCAAGUGCUCGCGGUCUUCACAAGCGCCGCUCGCUCUAUCUCCUUUGCGGAUCUCGUGGCAGGGGGCACCGUGCUCGGGGAAGAUGACGGCGAGUAUUUCUGCGGCCGCAGCGUCGACGGCCUGCCGGUUCGGCCGGAUUCCGGUCGUCGUCGGUGGGAGACCCGGCCGGGGAACCGAAUGCGUCUUGUUCGUCAGGCGGCCGGAACGCCGGUUGGGCUUGAGGAGGCUGACCAUGUGCUUCGUGGUGGAGGAGAGAAGGGAAAUGGCAGGCGCUCAGGUUAAGAGCACAGACGAGGAGGCUGGAGGAGAACCGAAAGCCCGUGGGGUGGAAGAAGCUGGAAAUGAGGGUCUGGGAUUGACGAUUCCAGUGGUGAACGAGAGGAUGUUGGAGCGGGCGGCAAGGAAGAAGAAGGAGAGAGCCACCUACCUGCUUGCGGCCGUGAUGUCGAGUCUGGGUAUAACUUCCAUGGCCGCGGCCGCCGUCUACUACAGGUUCUCAUGGCACAUGGAGGGAGGGGAAGUGCCGGUGGCCGAGAUGUUCGGGACGUUCGCAUUGUCCGUCGGAGCUGCGGUGGGGAUGGAGUUCUGGGCACGGUGGGCGCAUCGUGCUCUCUGGCAUGCCUCCAUGUGGUCUGUGCAUGAGUCCCACCAUCGGCCGAGAGAAGGACCGUUCGAGAUGAACGAUGUGUUCGCCAUCAUCAACGCCGUGCCGGCCAUUGCUCUCAUGGGGUUCGGCUUCUUCAACAAGGGCCUCGUACCCGGCCUAUGUUUCGGCGCAGGUCUUGGCAUCACGGUGUUUGGCAUCGCCUACAUGUUCGUUCAUGAUGGUCUCGUCCACAGGCGCUUCCCCGUUGGCCCUAUUGCUAACGUCCCUUACUUUCGCCGUGUGGCCGCUGCCCAUCAGCUCCAUCACGCGGACAAGUUCGAUGGUGUGCCUUACGGUCUCUUCCUCGGUCCAAAGGAGUUGGAGGACGUGGGAGGUUUGGAAGAGUUAGAGAAGGAAAUCAACAGGAGGAUUAAGGCUUAUACCAGCACGAGGAGCAGAGGAUACGACGAGUAGUGAGAAGCUCGAGAGCUAGGCGUUUUCUGUAACAUUCUUUUUUUUUUCCCCCUCGAUCUCUGUCGCUGUAAUUUUUGGUAGUUGGUCACUCAUACAAUUUGUUUGUAAGGAUGCAGAAUGUAUGAUCCUUGUAAGAAUGCUUUACAUUGUAACAGUAAAUUCAGAUUUUUAAACGGA